UUCUUAAUCGGCUUUACCAGUCCCAGCAUUCCUCGUUGUUUUCUUAACGCUCCCUCGCAGCUAUCGAGUCCCAGGAAUAACCAAUUGGAUCAGGGAGUGCGGGAGCAGGUCGGCCAAUCGCCCAGUCAGAGAGGCGGGAGGGGACGUGGCCAUAUUCUGCCCCGCCCCUGCCCCGUGGCGCGUUAUCUUGGGCAGGCUCCUAGCGCUGGAUCUGAAAACAUGGGCACUACCUGGGUGAGCCCCGGAUGGGCGCGGCUCGCGCUCUGCCUCGCCGGCCUCGGGCUGUCACUCUACGCGCUGCAUGUGAAGGCGGCGCGUGCCCGGGAUAAGGAUUACCGCGCGCUCUGCGAUGUGGGCACCGCCAUCAGCUGUUCGCGCGUCUUCUCCUCCAGGUGGGGUCGGGGCUUUGGGCUAGUGGAGCACGUGCUGGGCCCCGACAGUGUCCUCAACCAGUCCAACAGCAUAUUCGGUUGCAUCUUCUACACACUACAGCUGUUGCUAGGCUGCCUACGUGGUCGCUGGGCCUCCAUCCUGCUGGUGCUGAGUUCCCUGGUGUCCCUCGCUGGUUCUGUCUACCUGGCCUGGAUCCUGUUCUUCGUGCUCUAUGAUUUCUGUAUCGUUUGCAUCACCACCUACGCCAUCAAUGUGGGCCUGACAGUGCUCAGCUUCCAAGGGGCCCAGGGACCCAAGGGCAAGGCCAAGGAGCACUGAACCCCGACUUGAGGCCAGACUGAACUCACCUGCUGUGCUUUGGCCCGUGAACCUUGCCCACAAAGGCCAUAUCUGGGUCCCUAGAAAGCCCUACAACCUGCCCCCACCAUAUCUCCACACAGGACAAUGGACCAAAUGUGCCAUCCUUCUUCCUCCGCCUUAGUGCUUCUAGCCCUCUCCUCCGGGGCUAGUUUCCAAAGUUCCACCAUUGCCCAGGGAGGGGAGGUUCUGAGCAAUAAAAUUUCUUGAAUAAGUUGGCCAAGUCUGA